AUGAUGAACACUUGCCAAGAAUACUGUCGAAGUAGUACGGUUCCAAUUGAGCGGGCAGUUGAGACAUACAGAGGCGCACCUGAUGGUGGCGACCGUUGUGGGAACGUUGGGAGUGAGAUGUCAGUGAGAGAAAUCGCUGAGCAAACAGGUGAUCAUGAAGCGGUUCGACGUUUACAGCAAGAGCUUGAGGAGCUUGAUUCGAGGGCUGAGCGAGCGGAGAAAAAACGAUGCGCAGACAUAUCCGCGAUCAAUUGGAUAAAUCAGCGCAAUCGCAACAAGAUGAAGGAGCAUUUCCUCGGCGAUCGGGUCGAGAUCGAUAUGGGACAACAGGACGAUCCAUUCACACGGAAAAAGGGACUUAUGAAG